CGUACUAUUCACUAUAUCACCUACCUGGCUACCUCACAUAAAAGCCUCACCAAAGGAAAUUGUAAGGGAUUCAAGUAGAGGGGGAAAUCCGGCAUUCUUUUUUGCCUUAAUCUACAACCUUUUAAAAGUGUAGAGUUGAACUUCACUAUUCAUGCAAUAGUCCCCUGACUAUUUUACCCCCAUCUAUACCUCUUUACUACUCAUUUGCCAUUUUCUCCAGAUCAUCCCACGUACGUCCCUUCUCCCUCUUCAGUCUUCACUGCUUCCCCCCUUUUUUUUAGGGUUUUUCCCUUUCCUUCUCGCCCUUUCGAUGCCUCCUUCACUGAUCUUCCCUUCCCAGUUUCUUUUUCAACGUCAUUCGUUUGAUUCUCAAAGGGUUUAAUUGAGGGUUUGGAAUAAGAGGAUUUGAUUAAGGUAUACGGAAAUUCAUGAAUCGGUGAUCCAUCUAUCCAUUCGCGAUUAUCGAUUCUUUUUUAUAAUUCACAGUGAUCUUGGUGAAAUAAAAAUGGAAUCGUUGAAAAGCGAGGAAGAAAUUGGAGUGAUUGAAGCGAAAGAAUCAAUUGAAGCUAUAAUUUACAUCAAUGGUGUUCGGAAAGUAAUUCCCGAUGGUUUAGCUCACCUGACCCUCCUUCCUUUAAUAUCUUCGAGUGUGGAAAUAGAUGGAACUUAUGGUGAUUCAGAGGGCCCCAAGGAGAACAACUCAAAACAGAGGUGGUUAUCCAGUUCCAGUGGUUUGUUGUCUCUACGUCUGAGCUGCUGCUACAGGUCUUGUUUUGGGCUGCACUGAUUCAGUCUGUUGUCCUGGUUCAGUUUGAGCUGCACUGGUUCAGUCUGUUGGGCUGCACUGGUUCAGGUUGUGUUUCUGGUCUGGUUCAGGUUGGCAGGUUUUGGUCAGGUUCAGGGGCUGCUGCAGAUCUGGCUUGGUGUCUCUGGGCAAAAUUAAUGGAAUUUAUUGAGUCCAAAAAAUAUUAGGGUUUUUUCCAUGUGAUUUGAUUGAAAUUGUGGGGAUUUUUUUGGCCAUCUCAGAUUGUACUAUAUCCUUUGAUUUUUUGGAAAUUUUGAGCUCUGCUUUGUUCAUGUUUAAUUGUGCUUAUGUAGUUGAAAUCGACUAUGUUCAGCAUCAACAAAUAGAUACUACAAAUGACCUCGGUUUAUGGGGAUCUGAUGAUAUGAAUGGCUUGUGUAGUUGAAAUAGGCAACGAAGAAAACUUUGAAUUGCUUUAAUAGUUUGAGAAAAGGAAGGUAUGCGAUAAUUGGUAACCCACACCGUUAAUUAAAAAGGAAUAUGCUACUCCAUUGCUCCCAUUAUCUCAUGUAGAUGGACCAAGGUAAAAAUUCAUGUUGUGGUUGAUAAUAUUCUUCCUGAUUAGCUGAUUCACUUCCCAAGUUCGGUAACUUUGUCCAUAAUUAGAUGGUUUUGAACUUGUGACUUUGAUUAUGUGGUUGACUUUUCCCUCUAGAAGUGUGUUUUUCACAUUAAUGGGAGCGUUUGUAUAAAGAUAAUAAAAUGAAAUUUUAUAUUUUCUAUAAGCCGAAAUUGGUAAUCAUGGGUUUUUAUGGCUGUUUAGAGGUUGUGAUUUGAUGAACAUGAGUUUGAUCGGGUAAGUUCGAUGAGGAUAGUUGUUUCCAUUUAUUUUUUUUACCUUUUCAGCUUAUAUUAAGAUGGAUGAUGGAUGAGCUUGUGUUUGUCUUUUUAAAUUUAUUAUUCGUUAAUUACGGAAGAAACCCUAAAAUUUUUGUUUUAAAAUAUUGAAAUUCUUGCUUAAUCUAUGGAUGUAUUGUUGUUAUAUGAUUUGGUUUGCAUAUCAAGUUUGCCACUGACUUAGAGGUUGUGAUAACAUCUAUAGCUUGGCUGUUUAGAGGUUGUGAUUUGAUAGUUGUUUCCAAUUUUUUUUACCUUUUCAGCUUAUAUUAAGAUUGAUGGAUGAUCACGAGCUUGUGUUUGUCUUUUUAAAUUUAUUAUUCGUUAAUUACGGAAGAAACCCUAAAAUUUUUAAAUAUUCCAAUUUUGCGUUUGUAAAACUAUUCCCUCACUGGAAGGUUGUAGUAUCACGCCAAAUUACCUAUAUGAUGCUAACCUAACUGUCUAUCGGAAGGUGAAAUAAUGUUUUUAAACAACUGUUUAAAUUUUUUUCUCUGUACCUUGUAAGGCAAAGAGAAAAUUUCUGAUAAAGAAAAUGGUGGUAUAUAAGAUUUGAGCCACGUGCAUGAGCAGUAUAGUUGCUUUUCUUUUUGUUGCUUUUCUGAUGGGGAAAUUACAAAUGCACUAGGGAUGAAGUUCUUUCUUAUUCGAGCUAUUCCUCUCUUAUAGUAGGAGAAGAGAGGACCAUAUGAUUCAGUACUUGAUUUGUACUAUGUUAAACCUAAACAUACUAAAGAUAAUAAUAUGUUGACAUGGGUGAAUUCUGUAAA